UCACCCUUGGUUUCCUCGUUCCAUCCCCUAGUCUUCGGCUUCAUACAUUUUCUUUAGACGAGACAGCUAAACACCCUUUCUCUGCAAUCUCAAUCGCCAUUGUUAUUACACAUCAAUCUUCUAUUUUUCUCACCAUCUAACACCCCUUAAAUAACUUAGUAUUCAUCAUCACUCAAUUGGGUUCUCCAAUCAGAUCUUAGAUUUCCAAUCUUUUUGGAGAAUUGGAGAUCCGAUGCUUUUUGAUUGAAUCUAAGAGUACCCUUUUGUUACUUGUGUUUGCAGUUACAAGCAAUCCGUUUGAAUUUCUGGAUGGAAAUGGAGAGUGGGAAGCUGUUCAUUGGUGGGAUUUCAUGGGACACCAAUGAAGAACGCUUGAAGGAGUAUUUUCAAACGUUUGGUGAAGUGAUUGAAGCGGUUAUAAUGAAGGAUCGAACCACGGGCCGUGCUCGUGGGUUUGGGUUUGUUGUGUUUUCUGACCCUGCUGUUGCUGAAAAAGUUGUGAAGGAAAAACAUAUGAUAGAUGGUAGAAGUGUAGAAGCAAAGAAGGCUGUUCCAAGGGACGAUCAGCAGAUCCUUAACCGUAGCAGUGGCAGCGUGCAAGGCUCACCGGGUCCCACUCGCACAAAAAAGAUCUUCGUUGGAGGUUUAGCAUCCUCCGUCACCGAAAACGAUUUCAAAAACUAUUUCGAACAAUUUGGGAUGAUAACUGAUGUUGUGGUUAUGUACGAUCACAACACACAAAGGCCUCGAGGAUUCGGAUUCAUCACUUAUGAAUCAGAGGAAUCCGUUGAUAAAGCGUUGCAGAAAACUUUUCAUGAACUGAAUGGUAAAAUGGUGGAAGUCAAACGCGCGGUUCCGAAAGAAUCAUCCCCCGGUCCUAACAGGAGUCAGAUAAGUGGAUUUAAUUACGGUUUAAGUAGAGCUAAUAGUUUCCUUAACUAUGGUUUAGGUCAGGGGUAUAAUAGUCCCGGUUAUGGUGCACGAAUGGACGGUAGAUUUAGCCCGGUUUCUGCUGGUAGAACCGGUUAUCCACCGUUUAGUCCAUCUAGUUAUAAUUUGGGAUUAAAUUCCGAUUCGAUUUUCGGUUUAAACUAUGGCGGAAACGGAAGUUUUGGAUCUAAUCUUGGAUAUGGGCGUGCGAUCAACCCGAUGUAUGGUGUGACUUCAAACAGGUAUGCCGAUCCGAUCGGGUAUGGCAUGGGUGGCGGUAAUGGUAGCAGUAAUGGUGGCGGUGGAAAUGCGUUAGUUUUGAACUCGAGUAAUAAUAACAUGUGGGGAAACGGGAGCCAAAGUUUUAAUGCGAAUUCGUCGAAUUUGAACAACUUUUUGGCUGCUGGAAAUGGUUCUGACGGGCUUGGAGCGAUUUGGGGUAAUUCCAAUGCGGGUCAAGGUGGCGGUAAUGCAGGUUUCAUUAGUGGUAAUCUUAACUAUGGCAAUGAAGAGAGUGCUAUUGGGUAUAGGAGGAACAAUGGGAGUAGCGUUGAUCCUGCCUAUUCGUACGGUGUGAUUGACGACGGUGAUAACAUGUUUGGUGGUGGUGGUGGUAGUACUGCUGCUGCUGGCAGUGGUGGUGGUGAUUCGUUUUAUGCGGACUCUACUUGGCGGGCAUCGUCUCCUGAUCUGGAAGUAUCUGAUUUAUUUGGUUAUAAUCUUGGAAGUGGAGCUUCUGAUGGUAUACCCAAAAACUCAGUUGGUUAUGUCGGUUAUAGCGUCGCAAAUAGAUCAAAUAGAGGAAUCGCUGCAUAGGAGAUUGAAUGAUUUUGUGAAUUCGGUUAAUACACACCCGCUGAAAAGGUACAUCAGUUUUUAGAACACAGUACGCGUACAUUUCGUUAGAGCUAAUCGAAGCACCUGUUUUAUAGAACAUAUUAUACGAUUCGGUUUUCAACAUAGGCUUUUUUUUAAAUUGUGAGUUCAUAUGAGAUGUGAAACUUGGAUUUGCAGAUAUAGUUGGUGUCAUUACUGAUGGUGACAUCAAGAUAUAUAUGGAAAAGAAGAAAAAAAUUGAAACUUUUUUUUUUUUUUUUUUAAAUUUUUAAUUGAUAUUUGUUGUUUUUAAACUUUCAUAUGUCAAGCCCAGAAAAGUGUAGUUUUUGCAAGGUAUGUGGUCUUUUCUUCCAUUACCCAUGUUGGGUUUCUGUUGUUGAUUAGAUUUGUAUGAAAUGAUUGGUGUGAAACACUCUUGUUGGAUGCUAAAUUGGGAUCCCAUUUACUACAAUGAAAUUACUAUAUAUUAUAGUACAUUUGUUUAUA